AUGAGGAGGAAGGCCCUCGUCCUCGUCCUUGUAGGACUGGCACUGACCAUUACCAUGCUCUCCCUCCACGAGGUGCGACGAGCCCGAAGAGGAAGUUUGCUUCGCUUCGAUGUAAUGGCGAGGGCAGCGAGAGUUUCUUCUGCGGCGCCGGAAAACGCUCCGACGGCGGGAGACUGGUACGAGAAAACUCUGCUGUCUGCGCUGAACCGCGGAGCGAAAAUCGCAGGAAACGACACCCGACUGGUGACCCACCUGCGACAACGCAUCCUCCGCCGCUCCAACCCACACGGCCACCCCUAUCCCUUCGACAGCGGACCCAAGGGGGAACAUUUUACCCAGUCUGAAGAGGAGUCCCAGUUGCUCCAGGAUUUGUUUUCUAACAUAAUAGAAGAAAAUUUCUGA